AUAAAGGUGAAUUUGUUGUUUUCCCAAAUUAUACCACAAAAGAUAAUUGGAAAAAAUUUUCCUACAGUUUCCUCUUUUUUUUGUAAACAAAAGGAUACAAACUUCUUAAAAAAUGUAAAAUUAGUUAAAAAUUCGUGCAAUAUGUAUUUAAUAAUAUAAUUAAAAUGGUUUAUAAAAACCUACAUUUAAAAUUAAGUUUUUAAAAGAGUUGAAAUUUUGUAUUUAGGGGUCAUUGCAAUAGCAAUGAUUCCAUGGGUACGUGAAAAAUUUGCAGAACGUCGUGCCAAAUGGCUGGCGGCCCGUAAUAAACGUACCACAAAUAAAAGUGAAGAUGAAGAUGAUAAUUCGUCUACUAGUGCCAGUGAUAUAGCGCCCAGACUGCAUCGCCUGCAAGAUAAUCCAGAAGAUACAGCAAAUAGUACUAACGCCACCGUUGUUACAGCGACGGCCAGUCCCAGUGCCAGUCUUCGUACACCACAAACCGCCCAUAGAUCAAUGAGAGGGUCUUCAUCGGUUACGCCACAUUGUCAUCAUCAUCACCAUUCAUCAUCAUGUUCCUUGACCAACUCAACGUCUAAUAAUAUUAAGUUAAAUAAAAUAAGGAGUUCUCGUCGUUCUUCGGCUGCCUCUUCGUCCAUUGGCUCAUGCCACAAUUCCGAAGAUGUCUCAAAAGGUCCCUCCCCCAAAGAACGUAUCAAAAUACGCAUUGUCUGUCCCUCUGCCCGCAUUUUGGCCUUUCAAACGGAUGCCAACAAACGCCUGUUGGAGUUAAAAAGUGAAGUUCUUUUAGAGCUUAAAGAUGAUAUUGGCUCCAUGCCCCUAUUCGCCACAGAUCCUCGAUCUUUGGGUCCUCGGUUUCGUUUACUAAAGGCUGACUAUCAGGGUUCCGAAUUGAAUGAGAAUUUAACAUUGGCUCAAUUGGAAAUUGUCAACAAUGACACUUUGGUUUUGGUGGCCAAACGAAAUCAUUUGCAGAAUUUAAUGACCCAAACAAGAGAGACUAGAACACCGCCUGAGGUGGAAAUAGAAAUGGCUACGCGAAGUCUGCCCGUGCGUACGAGUGAGAUACCAAUGGUGGAUAUUAAUGAGAUAUUUCAACAGUCUAAUCUGCAAUUCGAUGUACGUAAAGUUUUGAUUUCUUUGGCUCAAGCCUCAUCCGUUAUUAUUGGUUCCGGUCCUUAUGCCAAUCGUUUAAUAGCCAUGCUUAAGCAGAAACUUAUCAAUAAGCGUAACUAUCAAAACGAUACUUUACAGUGCCUUGUGGACAUGGGUUUUAAGAAAGAAAAGGCUGAGUAUGCUUUAAAAAUACACAACAAUAUAUAUUCAAAUGCUUUAGAAUGGCUGAUACUGCGUCAGUCGGAAGAAAUGGGCAUAGAAGAAACUGUUAUGGGUUUGCCUAGAACUAAUUCAAUAGCCUCACCCUCGGGUAUUAUGUCGAAUGAUGGUCCUAUUGAAAAUAUAGCAGCUUUAUUAGAAAUAGUGCGCAUUUACAGUCAUCGUGAUAUACCCCCCAGUCCCGAGACCAUACAAAAUCUAGUGGAUAUGGGCUUUCAAGAGCCCGAUGUUAUAGAGGCGUUAAAAAAGACUUGCAAUAAUAAAGCAGCGGCUUGUGAAUGGUUGUGCGGUAAUCGUACCGGUAGCUUAGUAGAAUUACGUGAAGGUUUAGCCCAAGAUUCGCCCAUAUUAAAAACCAUACUCGAAUUGCCUCAAGUACAGUUGAGCCUAAGCAAUCCCAAAAUAUUAUUGGCCUUUUUAGCAAUAUUGGAGAAUGAGCAUACUAUACGUGUUUGGGGUGGUGACAAUGAUACCACCUCGGUUAUAACACAUAUCCUGCAAAAAUACCAUGAAGAAAAACAUGUUUUAGGCAUCAAUCAAUUCUAUAGUAGUCGAUAGUUUUCUUUUAUGCCAAAAUUUAUUAUUUUUCUUCAAUUGACAGUUUUAUUUAAUAACUUACCAGUUCAACUUAAAUCGUUAAAACUAAUAAUAAUACUUAACUACGUAAAAAUAUGCAAAAUUUUAUUUAUUUUUUUCUUCUUUUUUACAAGUAAUACUACUAUAAAUUAUGAUAUAGCAAUAUAAAUUAUUAUAUUUAUAAGAUUUAAAACC